AUGCAUCGAUGUGACCAACGAGCUGGCGCCAUAUCAGGACCUUUGCGGGUUUUGACCUACGGGGUCAGAGGCGGGGCAUCGUUACUAGUUAAUACUAGCGGCGCAACCCUCACAACUGGUGGUCCGCUAACAUCACGAUUCCGUGGCUAUCAAGGCUCUGAAGAAGGCGACGACGCCGAAACGUUAACCAGAAUAAAGAUCAAUAACAAUCUUGGUUCUGCUUAA